AUGGUCUUCCUCGGACUGUACGUCACCUCUUCUCGUGCUCUACACAGUGAGCGAGGAUUAACAAAAGCUUGUUGAUGUCAUCUAGGUUCUGCAUUGGUGUCGCUCUGCAGACCGCUGCCACAAGUGUCGGACCUUUCACUGUCGGGCGUGUCUUCGCUGUGGGUACUACUUCUGUUUUUCCAUUGGCUCUAACCAUCUGCGCUGACACACUUGGUUCUCGUCUUUGAUCACACAGGGGAUUGGAGUGGUAGGUCGCCAAAUAUACCCUGCUUUUGACGCAACACUCGCUGUAACGAGAGACGUUAAUUAUCAUCUUGCAGGGCGGCACUUCUUGCCUCGUUCCUCUGUAUCAAUCCGAAUGCGCGCCCAAAUCAAUUCGAGGUGGUAUUGUCUGCUGCUACCAAUGGCUGAUCACGAUCGGUCUCUUAAUUGUGGGUCAGCUGUGCGCUCAGUAUAGGUGUUUGUUGGAGAAAUGCGGUGCUGAUCCAGAUGAGUACCCACAAUCUCUCCAGGCCAGUAUCGUAGUUGAACGCACCAAGAGCAUCAACAGCGAGGCCGCCUACCGUAUCCCAAUCGGCCUGCAGUUCAUCUGGGCCGCCAUCCUAGGUGGUGGCUUGUUGGUCUUGCCCGAAUCGCCUCGAUGGCUCCUCAUGAGGGGUAGGGAGGAAGAGGCGCAACGCGCCCUGGCGCGUGUGAUGGGUACCGAUAUCGAUUCCCUGGCCGUCAACGAAGAAUUUGCCGAGAUCGCGGCAUCGCUCCACCAUGAGCGAUCCCUCGGUGGCUCGUCUUACAUCGACUGCUUCCGCAACGGCGAGGGCAAGAACGGCUUGCGCACCUGGACCGGUAUCGGUCUCCAGGCCCUCCAGCAGCUCACCGGCAUCAACUUCAUCUUCUACUACGGCACGGCCUUCUUCCAGAACUCCGGCAUCGAGAACCCCUUCACCAUUACGAUCGCCACCAACGUCGUCAACGUCGGCAUGACCGUUCCCGGUAUCUUGCUGGUUGACCGGGUGGGACGUCGCAGCAUGCUCCUCUACGGCGCCUUUGGCAUGUGCGUGUGCCAGCUCAUCGUCGCUACCAUUGGUCUCGCCGUCUCCAAGGACAAUUUGGCUGGUCAACGCGUCCUCAUCGCUUUCGUCUGCAUCAACAUUGGCCACUUCGCCGCUACUUGGGGUCCUCUCGCAUGGGGUGCGUUGCUUUCUUGCACUCUUGGCAGGGACUGUGAGCCUGCCUCUGGCUCGCGCUGACUGAUCGUUCGCCCCUUCUGCGAAUUUGUACAGUUGUCACGAGUGAACUGUACGCCCAACAAAUCCGCGGCAAAUGCAUGUCCAUGUCGACCGCUUCCAACUGGCUUUUGAACUUUGCCAUCGUGAGUACAAUGCUGACCAGAAUCAAUCGAGAGUGACUGACCGCCGCUUGAUCCAACGUAGGGCUAUGCAACGCCCUACUUGGUUGACACGGGUGCUGGCUCGGCUGGUCUCGGGUCCAACGUCUUCUGGAUCUGGGGCGGAUGCUGUGUCUUUUGCAUCAUCUUCACCUACUUCUGCAUUUCUGAAAUCAGGGUAAGACUACCGACACUUUUUAAUUUCGUCUAGCCACCCCCUGUUUGAACUCCGGUGCUGACACUCGAUUACAUCCACACAGGGCCUCUCGCUCGAGCAAAUCGACAUCUUGUAUCGCAACUCGACGCCCGUUAAGUCGAACGCGUUCAGGAAGCGCAUCAUCGCCGAGAACAUGCACCAUGACACCAAGGACGCUUACGUCAUUACCAAGAACACGGGCACGGCCGAGCACAAGGAAGUCGAAGCCGGGAUCAUGAACGAGGUUUAA